AUGGUCGAGGUGAUGAUUAGAAAAGGGUUACGUAACCCGCUAGAUGAAGCUCAGGUGCGUCGUGCUGUCCUAGCAUUGCACACGUUCGUAGCUAAGAAAAAUGAGGAGCGGACCAAGACGCCGCUCGUCGAAUACAUUGAAUACUUGUCGUGCAUUGUGACACGCAAAUUAGUACCGGCCAAGACGUCGCUGAAGCCUAUUCCAAUUACAUUGCCUCAUGCGCUAUACGACGAGUCGGCAGAGAUUUGUCUGUUUGUCAAGGACGACGACAAGAAACGAAUCAAAGAGGCACUGGAGAAGGACCCUGUCCAAGGUGUGACGAAGGUCAUGACGGUGAAGAAACUACGCAAGAAUUUUUCGCGUUUUGAGGACAAACGCGCUCUUGCUGCUGCCUACGACAUGUUUUUGGCUGACGAUCGUGUGCUGCCUUAUCUGAAAGGCCCACUAGGCACCACAUUCUUUACCAAGAAAAAGGCACCUGUGGCUGUUCGGGUGUCCCGUAAAAAUGUAGCUACGAGUGUACGACUGGCUUCGCGUCGGACGGCUUUUCAUGUGAGUGCUGGUGUGUGCAAUAACGUGAAGGUGGCACGACUUGACAUGACAACCGAGCAGAUUGUGGACAACAUUAUGGUGGCCGCAAACAGCUGUGCCAGUCUUAUUCCUAAGGGCUGGAAUGGCGUGCAGUCGAUUUGUAUUAAGACGAAUAAUUCGGUCGCUUUGCCCAUAUACAACGCACUGGCUCCUCUUGCCAAGCUGCCUCCAGUUGGAAAGACUGCAAACUUGAAGAAACGAAAGCUCGAUGAGUACGUUGCUGAGGCAGAAGAAGUGGAGAAGGAGACACAGGACAUGAAGAAGGUUGUUAAAGAGAAGGAGGUGUCAAAGACGAAUACAAAGGCUGUGAAGAUGAUUGAGACAGCAGAGAGGACGUCCAAGAAGCAGAAAAGCAAACCUGCAAAGACCACGACACCUCCAGCAAAAAAGAAGGCUUUGGUGAAGAAGAAAGUGGCAAAGAAAUAA